AUUUCAGUACUGAGAUUGCUAGAGGUUACACGCUGUACUGACCAGUGACCGAGGUCCUUCUGAAUUGUAUGAUCUGAAAGGUUACCUGGUACAAUGCUCUCCACAAGAUUGGCCCUCGUUGUCUUGUUUUCAUGGCCAAAUAUGUUCUCUGUGGUGGUGAAUGGACAUGGUUAUAUGUUAGACCCUCCAGGUAGGAGUAGCAUGUGGAGAGUUGGUUUUAAUACCCCGCCUAAUUAUGACGACAAUGGUCUCAACUGUGGUCACCGAAGUCAACCCAUUGCCUUCAAUGAUGUUCAGUGUGGUCUGUGUGGAGAUCCAUUUGAGCAGAAUCCGAGGGAAAACGAGGCUGGCGGAAAAUACGCUUCAGGCAUCAUCUCAAAGUACUAUGACAUGGGUCAGAUAAUCACAAUCAAAAUAGUAUUAACAUCUAAUCACGAGGGAUUCUUUGAAUUCCGCCUCUGUGAAAAUAAUGAUGUGACUCAGAGAAUAACGAAACAGUGUCUUAAACAUUUAUUGGUGAACCCCGAGACAGGCGAGACCAGGUACCACAUCACACACCUGCCACAACAUUUUGAAUUAUCUGUAAAGCUGCCGAACAAUGUCACGUGCUCUCAAUGUGUCUUACAAUGGCGGUAUCGAACAGCAAAUACUGCUCACUAUACUGAGAACAACUGUGAGCUGUGUGGCGAGCAAGAGGAAUUCUACAGCUGUUCUGAUAUUGCAAUAAUUAGCAAGUUGUCGGUGACAACGACAGAAAAAACAAAUACAGGAGAAGAUACUGCCUACCCUACCACUACUUCUACCUCUAACAUGCCCUCAUCUACCGACGGUGACGUCACGGCCACCAACAGACCCUCACCUACCGACAGUGACGUCACUACCGCCUCCAGUCCUUCCCCUACCGACAGUUUCACGUCUUCCACAUCCCCAGCCACCACAUCUACAACUACUACCACCCCUCCAACUACAAAGAAAAUAUCCGGUAGUGGAUGUGUAUCUAUUUCUAAAAAUGUGGAGGACAACUGGUGUGAACAAAACUGCCAUCAUACUCCACCAUUUUGCCCAAUUUUCUUCUGUAAAUGUUUGUGAAUUUUGAAACGGACUAUAAUGCUUACGGCUACGAUAGUAGUGAAUUGUUACUAUUGUAUACUCUAAGAACAAUAAACAUGUAUGGUAAAUGUC